CCCGUGGGGGCACAGCCCCUGCUCAUGGUGCCCAGACGUCCCGGCUAUGGCACCAUGGGCAAACCCAUUAAACUGCUGGCCAACUGCUUCCAAGUUGAAAUCCCAAAGAUUGAUGUCUACCUCUAUGAGGUGGAUAUCAAACCAGAUAAGUGUCCUCGGAGGGUGAACAGGGACGUGGUGGACUCUAUGGUGCAGCAUUUUAAAGUGACAAUAUUUGGGGACCGUAGACCAGUUUAUGAUGGGAAAAGAAGCCUCUAUACAGCCAAUCCACUUCCUGUGGCCACUACUGGGGUGGAUUUGGAUGUGACACUACCCGGAGAAGGUGGAAAAGAUCGUCCCUUCAAAGUGUCAAUAAAGUUUGUUUCUCGGGUGAGCUGGCACUUGCUGCAUGAAGUUUUGACAGGAAGAACCUUGCCUGAGCCUCUGGAACUAGACAAACCUAUCAGCACUAACCCUGUUCAUGCUGUCGAUGUGGUGCUACGACACCUCCCCUCCAUGAAGUACACCCCUGUGGGCCGCUCCUUCUUCUCAGCUCCAGAAGGCUAUGACCACCCCCUGGGAGGGGGCAGGGAGGUCUGGUUUGGGUUCCAUCAGUCAGUCCGACCUGCCAUGUGGAAAAUGAUGCUCAACAUCGAUGUUUCUGCCACUGCCUUCUACAAAGCACAACCCGUAAUUCAGUUCAUGUGUGAAGUCCUUGACAUUCAUAAUAUUGAUGAACAACCAAGACCUCUGACUGAUUCUCAUCGGGUAAAAUUCACCAAAGAGAUAAAGGGUCUAAAGGUAGAAGUGACUCACUGUGGGACAAUGAGAAGGAAGUACCGUGUCUGUAACGUAACGAGGCGGCCUGCAAGUCAUCAAACCUUUCCUUUACAGCUAGAAAAUGGCCAGACUGUGGAGAGGACAGUAGCACAGUAUUUCAGAGAGAAAUACAACCUCCAGCUGAAGUACCCUCACCUUCCUUGUCUGCAAGUGGGACAGGAACAAAAACACACCUACCUGCCUUUAGAAGUGUGUAACAUUGUGGCUGGCCAGAGGUGCAUCAAGAAGCUCACAGACAAUCAGACAUCAACCAUGAUAAAAGCAACAGCCAGGUCUGCCCCAGACAGGCAGGAGGAAAUCAGCAGAUUGGUGAGAAGUGCAAAUUAUGAUGCAGAUCCAUUUGUCCAAGAGUUCCAGUUCAAGGUGAGGGAUGAGAUGGCCCAUGUGACAGGACGUGUGCUCCCAGCCCCGAUGCUGCAGUACGGAGGACGGAAUCGAACCGUGGCAACACCAAGCCAUGGUGUGUGGGACAUGCGAGGGAAACAGUUCCACACUGGGGUGGAGAUCAAGAUGUGGGCCAUAGCUUGCUUUGCAACACAGAGACAGUGCAGAGAAGAAAUUCUGAAGGGUUUCACAGACCAGCUGCGCAAGAUCUCCAAGGACGCCGGGAUGCCGAUCCAGGGCCAGCCCUGCUUCUGCAAGUAUGCCCAGGGUGCAGACAGUGUGGAGCCCAUGUUCCGACACCUCAAGAACACCUAUUCAGGGCUGCAGCUCAUCAUUGUCAUCCUGCCAGGGAAGACACCUGUGUAUGCGGAGGUGAAGCGAGUGGGAGAUACACUGUUGGGAAUGGCCACACAGUGUGUUCAGGUCAAGAACGUCAUUAAAACAUCUCCACAGACCCUCUCAAAUCUGUGCCUGAAGAUUAACGUUAAACUAGGAGGAAUCAACAACAUCCUUGUACCUCAUCAAAGACCUUCUGUGUUCCAGCAGCCAGUGAUCUUUUUGGGAGCUGAUGUCACUCACCCUCCAGCUGGAGAUGGAAAGAAGCCUUCCAUUGCUGCUGUUGUAGGCAGCAUGGAUGCUCACCCCAGCCGGUACUGUGCCACGGUGAGGGUCCAGCGGCCCCGGCAGGAGAUCAUCCAGGACCUGGCCUCCAUGGUCAGGGAGCUGCUCAUCCAGUUCUACAAAUCAACACGGUUCAAGCCCACCCGGAUCAUCUUCUACAGGGACGGGGUCUCUGAGGGACAGUUCCGACAGGUUUUGUAUUAUGAGCUGCUGGCCAUUAGAGAAGCCUGCAUCAGUUUGGAGAAGGAUUACCAGCCUGGAAUAACCUACAUUGUGGUGCAGAAGCGACAUCAUACACGACUGUUCUGUGCUGACAGAACAGAAAGGGUUGGACGAAGUGGCAAUAUUCCAGCUGGGACAACUGUAGACACAGACAUUACACACCCCUACGAGUUUGAUUUUUACCUCUGUAGCCAUGCUGGAAUACAGGGAACCAGCCGUCCCUCCCACUACCACGUGCUGUGGGAUGACAACUGCUUCACAGCAGACGAGCUGCAGCUGCUGACGUACCAGCUGUGCCACACGUACGUGCGCUGCACCCGCUCCGUCUCCAUCCCCGCGCCCGCCUACUACGCUCACCUGGUGGCAUUCAGAGCACGCUACCACCUCGUGGACAAGGAACACGACAGUGCUGAAGGGAGCCACGUGUCAGGACAGAGCAACGGGCGAGACCCACAGGCCCUGGCGAAGGCUGUACAGAUUCACCAAGACACCUUACGCACGAUGUACUUCGCUUAAGUCAAUGACCCGGGAGACACUCACCGAGAGGAGAACUCAGAACUUAAGCCACAUACAAUGUAUGUUUCCAGGGGGUUGGUUUAGGGGCUGUGCCUCCCAUCGUGCUGGAGCUGACGCUGUGCAGGGGCGAGAGGCUCACCCUUAAAUUGACAUGAGGAAGAUUGUUUACUUCAUCCAGGAACACAGCACUAUUAUGCAAUAUGAAACCAGCCAACUGCUUUUUUGAGGCGGGCUCCCGUGGGAAGUACCGCCAUCAUUUUUUUUUUUUAAUUAUUAUUUCUCGUAGUUUAACCCUCUUCUGCCUUUACCUCAAGUUGCUCGGCAGCACAACUAUUGUUGCAAAAAAAAAUAGUAAUAAUAAACUAAAAUCUAUUGUGUAAUUUAAAACAGAAAACAAACCACCUUUUAGGAACAAUCACAGUGAUUGUUUGGAGAAGGGAAGUGUGCAAAAAAGAAAAUAAGUUUUUAAUCCCCGUGCAUUGAGGAAUCUUUCUCUGUGUUGCCAUCGAGCAUUCGAAUGUGAACAUAUCCAAGUGCAUUGGAAUGUACAGCACUAGCUAGGAAACAGUGAGGGGGGGAAGAUGUUUUGCACACUAGUCCAAUAAUUUGAACCUAAUUUAGCCAAUGGCUGCCUUUGUGUCUUUUCUCACAGCUUUGGAGUUCUCAGCUCCAAGAGUUCCCUUUCAAAAGCAAUCCAAGAAGCUCGUGGUUCAUGUGCAGGCAGUAGUGACCCAACUCUUCUUGCUCCCUGGGGGAAUUUACUAAAGCUGCUGUUUUACCUAGUCCAAAAGUUUCAAUUUUUUCCUAUCUGGCAAGUCAAAUCUGUUGAAGCUUCACGUGAGAUCCAAUGUCCCAGGUUUUCUGGGAUGACAUACAGUAACCACCAGAACUGAAACUUUAGAGCUAAGGUCUUUUUGGAAAAAAAAGAAACCUGCUACUUUACUUGCUGCCUCUCACACCUUAAUGUGAUUCAUAUGUAUGUGUGUUUGAAGUUUAGCUUCCUUUUGUUUCUUUUAUAUUUAUUAGAGUAAUAAUAAUGCUUUAAUUUAAUUAUUACAGAACAUAUGGUCAACAUCAACUUUUAUUUUUUAGAAAUGUAAUCAUGUUUAUUUUUAAAAAAAGAAACUGACAACUUGUUUUGCUAUCUUUUAGUGCAAUAAGCAUUCUAAAGAAAAACUGUGUCCAUUGAGCUGUACUGAAGCAGUGUCUGUACCACGGACUGUGGGAGAAUGGACACCUCCAGGAUUUUAAAAGGACAAAGUAAAAGCCUUAAUUUUGAAAGGAAAGUUUUAUAGUCAGAAGGAAUCUUGAAUUUUCCUUUUUUAAAUCAAAAAAAUAUACAAAAAAUGCUUCUAGACUUCUGCAAGCUUUACUUGUCGCUGCAGUCUUUUGAUUUAACAAAGGAAUUGGCCUUAUUUUUGGCUUUGAAAUGUGGAACAUAUUUGAAUUAAAUGGAAAGGGUUUUGUAUUAAGAUCUCAGUUUUUACAUGCUUAAUUAAACCUAUUUGACAUCAGUAAAAUGUCUGGAAUUAAUAAAAGUUUUUAGGCUUUUUUCCUCUUUGAUAGUGACUUUCCUUUUAAAAUUAAGUUAUUGGUAACUUCAUUUCACUUUGCAAAUAAAGAGGGCUGGGAUAGUUCUAACAUGUUAAAUCACCGAAAUGUGAAACAAACCAAUUGGACUCUUUCAUUCCACUUUAAAACCAAUGUUUAAGAUGUCAGAGACGAGCAUUUAUUCAAUGAGGGGACUGGGGAGUUUUGCACUUUGUAAACUCGUGAACUGCAUUUUUGACUGUUUUUAUUUGCACUGGUUCAUAGUAUAUUUACUGCAGCUGUUUGUAUGGGCAUUGCUGUGAUCCCAGCCCUCCCGACCUCCACCUGCUCUCACAUGAAAACCUGGUUGGUCUCAGUAGCUUCUCUCCUCGUUCUCACCAAAUCCGCUGUUUGCCAAUAUACUGUAUUUUGAGCCUAAAAUCUGAGCCCAUUUUGCUUCACCAGGCAUGAACCCCCUUUUUUCUGCCAGAAAAACCAAGUACUGUAUUUUGUGCGUUUGUAUAUUGUAUGGAAAUGUCCGUAGUGCUGUUCACAACACUGUCUGCAAGAGCUUUACUAACAGCUGGUGUAGAUACCUAUUUUAUCUCUCAAAAUCGAGGAAAAUCAUGUAGAAGACUAACUUGGCAAAGCUAAAAUUGCACUGGAAACAGUGGUGGGGGUGGGCAUGG